AUGGCGGCGGCGUCGGAGGAGCGAAUGGCCGAGGAAGGAGGCGGCGGCCACAGUGAUGGCUGCUCCUCUUCGGCCGCCGGCUCUGCUCAGAGACAGCCCCCACCGCCGCCACCGCAGCCCCUGCAGCCGGCGUCCCAGGCGCCCCCAGCCCUGGCCCUGGCUCCGGACCAGCUGCCUCAAAACAACACGCUGGUAGCGCUGCCCAUCGUAGCCAUCGAGAACAUCCUCAGCUUUAUGUCCUACGAUGAAAUUAGCCAGCUCCGCCUGGUUUGUAAAAGAAUGGACUUGGUCUGCCAGAGAAUGUUGAAUCAGGGAUUUCUGAAAGUUGAGAGAUACCAUAAUCUAUGUCAGAAACAAGUUAAAGCACAACUCCCAAGGAGAGAGUCAGAAAGGAGAAACCAUUCAUUGGCUCGUCAUGCAGAUAUCCUUGCUGCUGUUGAAACAAGACUAUCAUUGUUAAAUAUGACUUUCAUGAAGUAUGUGGAUUCCAAUCUCUGUUGCUUCAUCCCAGGAAAGGUGAUCGAUGAAAUUUAUCGAGUGUUGAGAUACGUCAAUUCUACCAGAGCCCCUCAGCGAGCUCAUGAAGUACUUCAAGAAUUAAGGGAUAUUUCCUCCAUGGCAAUGGAAUACUUUGAUGAGAGGAUUGUUCCAAUUCUAAAGAGGAAAUUACCAGGAUCAGAUGUGUCUGGGAGACUCAUGGGCUCUCCUCCAGUCCCAGGACCUUCUGCCACACUAACAACAAUGCAGCUCUUCUCCAAGCAAAACCCUUCAAGACAGGUUACCAAACUCCAGCAGCAGGUUAAAACAAAUGGUGCUGGUGUGACUGUUCUCAGGCGUGAAAUUUCUGAGCUUCGCACCAAAGUGCAAGAGCAACAGAAACAGCUUCAAGACCAGGAUCAGAAACUGCUAGAGCAGACCCAGAUCAUAGGUGAACAGAAUGCACGGUUGGCCGAGCUGGAAUGCAAACUGAGAGAAGUAAUGGAAAGUGCAGUAGGAAACUCCUCAGGAUCUGGGCAGAAUGAGGAGUCUCCUCGGAAACGGAAAAAGGCAGUGGAAGCCAUAGACUCUCUUAGGAAAUCUAAACGUCUUCGGAAUAGAAAGUAAAUUGGAAUGUGCUUCUGGCUCCAGAGGAAGACGUGGCUUAGUUGCUUAAGCAGUUAUGCAUAUCAGGACACUGUGAGCAACACAGUGUCCCCUUAGGCUUCUAGGCUUUUAGAACACAAUUUAAACUUGAACUCUUAUGGUUGGGAAAUUCUUUUCCUGCUUCUCCUGGUUGUACUGAUGCACAGAAUCUUUUUACUUUGCAAUGGAUUUGUACUAACCAGAUCUGUUCUAUCAUGUUUUGAGGAGUUAACUUUUUUCCUGUGCAGAUAAUGUUUAAAGUGAGUUUGUUUCUGCAUAUAUGCACAUUACAUAAGGAUCUUAAACCCAGCCUUGACAAACUAGAAUUAAGUUUAAAUACAGAAAAUGUCCUGUUCACUUGAAAGGAAAGACCUACUUUUUAAAUGGACACUAUCUUGUUUAAAAAAAAAAAAAAGUUAACUUUUUGUUAUAAGUGACCUUUGUCUGGAAUGUCUGAAAAGUAAAUGCUUUUUGGUAUUGAAGUAAUGGGUAACUAAAAUGGACUUGCAUAGUAUUGGCUGUAGAAGGGGCCUCUACAGUAUUGACUAUAUAUUUUUAUAAACUACUGGUAAGGGACUUACCCAGUUGUUAUAUACAUGUUUUCAGAUCUCUUGGGGCCGUGUCCUACAUCUGCAUGGAUGGAUGCAUGCAUUGCCUAGUCAGUUCACUUAAAAACCUCUUGCACUGGUAUGGAUCUUGAACCGUUGUACUUCUCUACUUUUUAGAGCAGCUUCUUAGAUUAUUUAAGCGCUUAGCAUCUUCCACCACAACAGGGUGCCCCUAGAGAGGAAAUUGUUGGUCCAUUUGUCCUCCAGUUUUACGGGGCAAGAGACUAUUGAAUCCUGUUGCUUUAUCUGUUCUCUGUAGGAUUCAGGUACACUGGCUAAGGCAGUACCCCAAAUUCCAAGGCUGUUUCUAUCAAUAUCAGACCUCUGUUAACUAGUACUGUUCCUUACUCUGUGUUGCUCACUGGUCAAAUGUGGUGAUUGAGUAGGCAACAGACUUAUGGGAUGCAACUUUGCAAUUGAAACAAAGUUCAUUGAAAAUAAUUGUACUAUGAAAAAGCAUUUUGAUCAUUUCAUUUCGGGGGGCAGGGUGACCUGAGAGAAGCUUUUUUUAUUUAAAUUUCAAGUUUUCCUUAUCUUACAAUUUUAAACAAAAGCUUUAUUUUUUUUUGCACUCCUCUUUUGAGCUUGUAACUGGAAAAGCAUGUCUUGCACUGUUCAACCUUCUGAGUGAUCAUUUUUAACAACCUCCAAAUUGUAUAGUCAUUAUUUUCCCCAGCUGUAUAUUUUUGAGGAUUUAUUGAACUAUCACUGUCCUAGUUUUUUUUUUAGUUUUUUAUUUUGAAAUAAUUUCAAACUUAUAAGACAUUUGCAAAAAUAAUACAAUCCCCAUAGAGAAAACUCUCACUUACCCCAUACCCCCAGAUACCCAGUUCUAUCACUAGUUUUAUUUUAAUGUACUAAAUGAUAUAGCUAUUAUUUGACUGUUAAAUUCUUUUAAAUAACUAUUGUGUUGCGUUUCAGUAGAUUUAGGUGUAAUAUAGAAAACCAUCCCUUUCCAGGUGGGAGUUUGACAGCUGUAUAAAACCUAAGGGUUUGGUAUGUACCUUAGUUGAACAAAAGCACAAGGUUACCACCUUUUACAAGCAUCCGACAUAACAUGGUUAUGCAUCCUUUAGAUUAACCUCACCAAAUGAAACUUUCCUAUCCAUUUUUAAUAUUGUCCUUAACAUAAUAUUGUCCUUAGAUUUUGAUCAAGUCUAUGUCUAACUUUGAAAUUCCAUUUACGAUGUAGUAUGUUUUCAAUGAAAAACCAUAAAGUAACAUCUAAGUGUUUCAUGGUUUGUUGGGAAGAUAUUUUUAAAAUAA